CCACAUUGUUCGUUCAGUGUGUUCUCCCUCGAUCUAUGUGAAUGCAUAGACGGCCGUAAUGCAGGGGGUUAUAUUGGCAGCAGCGGCUUGCCACCCUUUAUGGGAUUCGGAAAGGGCCACGUUCUCGGCAUGCGCCGUUGCUUUUGUUGCAUUUGUACCGGCGCUGGUGAUUGCGGUGAUUGGUUUGAAGUACAUGCUGAGCCACCCAUACUUGCAUCGAUGGCGUCCAGUAUGGACGCAAUCAUUUGUGACAGAGGCGAUCGCACCAACUGAAUGCACAACAAAUCCACCCAAACAGCCUUGCGGCAAGGCUGUCGCUAUUUUCCUGCUUGCUGUAAUCGUAUUUGCGACCGGGUUAGCUCGUAUAGUAGCUUUUCCACUAUUUUUGGGCUUUAUAGCACUGACCGUUGCUUGGGGUCUCACGGCACUUGUAAUAGCCUCAAAGCGUCCUGUGGUAGCUCCAACUUCUUUGUUGGUCUUUUACAUCUUGGCAUUACUGACUGAGUUCUCCGUAUUUGACGCUGGAUUUUCCCCAAAUCUGCUGGCAUGGGCUGCACACCACGCUACAAUCUGGGCAUCGUUGAUAUCAAUUGUGAUUGUUCUAGUGAUGCCAAUCAGAAAUCCUAUCCUCUCUAAGGACGGCAUUGGGAUUGUCGGCGAGACCCCAUCGGGUAGUCUGCGUAGUCCUGAGGAUCAGCUGCUACUCUGGCAGUACCUGACCGUGUCGUGGAUGUCGCCACUUAUCUCAUUGGGUCGCAAAAGGCGAAUAAAUGAAGAUGAUGUAUGGCUUUUGGGAUAUGAAUUUCAGCACCGAAGAUUGCACGAGAAGUUUCGUCGGUUGAAGGGAUCCGUUUUGGGUCGCUUACUACAAGCAAAUGGCGUUGAUGUGGCUAUUAUUGGUAGUAUUGCAAUUGUGCAGAUGAUUUGCAAUUUUUCUUCCCCGUUACUUCUACAGCAACUCCUGAAGGUUAUGUCUGGUGAGCAUGUAGACAAGAAGGUUGCGUUGACAUAUGCGACGAUGAUGCUAGUUCUCCGGAUUGUCUUUGCGCAAAGCCAAGUUCUGAGUCUUUGGUACGGCCGAAGAUGCUACGAGCGAAGUCGAGGGGAAAUGGUGAUGAUGGUCUAUGAGAAAGCUCUGUCUCGAAAAAAUACCUUCGGUCAGAAAAUACAGAAUGAAAAAGCUACGGAAGGAACUGCUCAAAAUGGCCACUCCAAUGUAGCUCCUAACACACCUGGCAAGAAAUCCCGAAAUCAAUGUGGGUUGAUUCCCUGGCGCAAAAGUAAAGCGCAGGAGGAGGAGGUUAAGCAAACGGCUUCCAUGGGCAAGAUCUUCAAUUUGCUACGAGGCGAUGUCUACGAAGUCGCUCAGCGGUUCUGGGAAAUUGAUACCUUCAUCGACAAACCAAUAGGUCUCAUCAUAUCUAUUGCUCUUGUUUGGAAGCUGUUUGGGCCGUCCUGCUUUCUAGGCGUGUUGACCGUUAUCGUGGCUCAGGUAAUUAACGGCUUCAUUACCCGAUCCCUUCUGCGAUGGGAACGCAAUCGACGUAGCGCAACCGACGUGCGAUUACAGAUAACAUCCCAGUUCGUUGAGGCCCUUCGGCAUCUUCGGUGGUACGGGUGGCAGGAGCACUGGCUCCGUCAAGUAAUGGAAGCCCGUGACAAAGAACUUCAUCUACGUGUUAUCACCAGUCUGUGGAACGUGGCAAUUAGAUUCGUCAACGUGUUUUCCAGCGCUGUCUUUCCAGUGGUAGCCCUUUAUGGCUACACAAUAUUGGCGGGGCGUCCUCUAAGUAUCGAUAUCAUUUUUCCGGCGCUCCAGCUGUUUACUAUGCUCGAAGAGCGCCUUCGCGAUAUUCCCACCCUCAUUACUACACUUAUAAAUGCCUCCAUUGCCAUGGGUAGAAUUGAAGAUUUCAUGGCGGAGCCAGAUAAAGAAAUGGGAGAGAGAAAUACGCUGUUAGACCCAAAUCCUAUAAGAUUGGAGUCUUGCUCAUUUUCCUGGCCUGGAAAGGUGACGCCAGUUCUAUCGGAUGUUACCAUAACCGUUACGAAAGGCUUGACGGUCGUUUGUGGUGUCGUUGGAGCUGGAAAAACUGCACUAUUGCAGGCCUUGCUUGGCGAACUUGACAGAUUAAAGGGAGAGUCUCAUAUUCCGAAUGAGAUGGUAGGGUACUGUGCACAAACGCCAUGGUUGCAAAGUAUGAGUAUUCGAGACAACAUUCUUUUUUCAUCGCCGUACGAUGAACAAAGAUAUAAACGUGUAUUGGACGCAUGUGCAUUGGUGCCUGACUUGGCAAAUUUCACACAUGGCGAUUUAUCCUUUAUCGGGGAAAAUGGAAUCGGUCUAUCCGGUGGACAAAAGGCACGAGUAGCACUGGCACGGGCUGUUUACAGCUCAUCUAGGAUUUUGUUUCUUGAUGAUCCGUUGUCGGCACUUGACCACAAUACAGCCGAAUAUAUUGUGCGGAAAUGCUUUCUUGGUCCACUGGUGCAAGAUCGCAUUGUGGUCCUCGUCACUCACCGCACGACAUUGGUGCAGCCACAUGCCGAUCAGAUCGUUGAAAUUACAAAUGGUUAUGUAAAAUGCUAUGACAAGGAUACGAUCUCCUCGGCACACGUGAUUGACGAUGAACCGCAAUCGGAAGACGCGGGACAGGAAACGGCUGAAGAGGAAGUCUCAGCGGCUGUUCCGGACAAAUUCAUUGAGGAGGAACAUAGGGCUGACUGGGGGGUUCAGAGUCGCGUGUAUUGGUCAUAUGUUAAAGCCGGAAAACUCAAGUGGUGGAGCAUCCUUGUCGCCGUUCUUGCUAUUUACCGUCUGGCAGCUGUGGUACAAUCUUGGUUCCUCAAGGAAUGGGGCGAGGCCUACAGCCUGUCUUUGGUGAUGGUUAUGUUUACUGGUCUGCAAAAACAGGUAACUGAAAAUUGGGUGCUGAGCACGUCCCUGGAAGCAGUAAACCACACCUCAAAUAACACCAGUGCACGAAACUGGCCGUUUGACAGGAUACACAUGCCUCACCCAGCAGAGGAUGUACGGCCCUGGCUUGGGCUCUAUCUCGGAAUUGCAACCUUCCAGGCUUUAACAAUGCUUGUGGCGCAGUUGUUGAUGCUGGUCAUAAUCUAUUGUGCAGGGAAGACAAUGUUUAAACAAGUUAUGGAACGUGUCAGCCAUGCUACUUUUCGAUUCUUUGACGUCACUCCCGUUGGUCGACUUAUGAAUCGUCUCACCUCGGAUAUUGGAGCAAUUGAUGGGAACAUCAGUAUCCAGUUUCAGAUCAUCGCGUUUCAAAUAAUCACCUGGACCUCUGCCAUUGUGGUCAUUGCCUCGGUGACGCCGAUGUUCCUUGUUUUCGCCCUCCUCCUAACCGGUGCAUUUGUAUUCAUUUUCUUGAAAUAUCUGCCUCUUUCACAAAGUCUGCGCCGGCUGGAAAUGGUGUCAUUGAGUCCGUUGUUGUCUAACUUUGGAGAACUUUUACAUGGCUUGACCACCGUUCGCGCAUUUCACGCCGAAAUCCGUUUCCAAAAUCGUGUCAUUCAAGUUGUCGACAAGUUUCAAGGAAUGGACCACUUUUACUGGUCUUUACAAAGUUGGCUGAUGUAUCGAUUCGAGUCUCUUUCGGGGGUUUCCACAUUCUGUCUUACUGCAUUGGCACUAUAUACAGAUGUCUCAGCCGGUCUAGUUGCUUUCCUGCUCGUUUCUGCGAGUUCGUUUGUCGACUCUACGCAUGCCCUAUGCAAGUAUUAUGGUCAACUUCAGAUGGAUUUUGUCUCCGUCGAACGUGUCGACGAGCUUCGGCAUAUCGAGACCGAGCCGGAGGGAGAAAUAGAUCCGCCAGCGUACUGGCCGCGAUUCGGCACUCCGAUUAUUUUCGAAGACGUCACGAUUCGCUAUGCACCCCAUCUUGAUCCUUCUCUAUCCAACAUCUCUAUCGAGAUUCCUGGUGGAUCUACCGCUGCUGUCAUCGGCCGCACUGGUAGCGGAAAAUCAACUCUAGCUCUCUGCCUUUUAGGAGUUAUACAGCCCGAAUCGGGCGAAAUAUUGAUCGACAACAUCGACAUAUCCAAAGUCAGCAAACAAGCACUACGAACAAGAGUAACAUUUGUCGCCCAAGAUCCCGUCCUUUUCCCAGGCAGUAUUAGACUCAACCUCGAUCCUACCAAAGAAUUCUCGGACCAAGAAUGUGCCGAUGCCCUCAAUAGAAUCUGUGCACGACAUGGUUGGGAUCUCGAUUUUCAUAUCGAAGCCGGUGGACGAAACCUCAGUCAGGGUCAGCGGCAACUUAUUGGACUGACUAGGGCAGCACUGCGGCGGAGUCCGAUCGUAAUUCUAGAUGAAGCUACAGCCUCGAUCGAUCAUGAGACGUCUUUAGAAAUCCAGAAAAUAAUUCGCGAGGAAAUGAAAGAAAGCACAGUCAUAACGAUUGCCCAUCGAUUAGAGGCUAUUAAUGACGCGGAUUAUUACGUUGUUUUAGAUAAAGGCAAAGUUGAACGACAGGGACGUGUCUAAGUGGACAUCAAUAGCCGGGAUAAGUAUCUAGGGUGAAUAUGUGACUUGCCACUGGAUAGGCAUAGACAAUAACUAAAUAUUUUCUUUUGGCUGGUUUUGCCAUUUCCUUUCCUUCGGGCCUUCUCUGCUUGCACUUCAUAUGACCGUCUCAGUCACCGAUCCGACAUGAGUUAAUUAGAUCAGAUAAGGCCGACGUUUGGUUAAGUAUAGUUCCUAGAUCUACUGCAAAGACCACAGCCAAUCUAUCAUAGAGUUCCUACUCCUU